UUUGACAAUUCAUUCGUUUAUAAUUUGACAGAUGACUCGAACUGUCAGACUAUGGAAUAGGAGUAGGUUAGUAAUAGAAUAAUUAAUAAUGUGGUUGAAUUUUGAAGUCGUGGCAGCAUUUUAAAGAGUAUUAGUUUUUAAUGUGUUAACGGGAUCAACUUUCUUCUUUGACAAACAAAUUUUAAAUUAAUUGCGUAGCCACACUAGACCUACUAGAUUGAGGAAAUGUACGCAAUAAAGGGCAGCAACCGCCCAGACCUCAAGUGUAAAAGCGGGUGUGACUACUAUGGAAAUGUCCAGUGGGAUGGAUACUGCUCAAAAUGCCACCGUGAGCAGAUGCAGCAGAAGAAACUCAGGUCCAGUUUUCAGCGGUCUGACAGGGAUGGAGGUGAAAAAUCUCAAAAAUCAACCAUUACAGGGUUUUCUAAGUUUGAAGAAAAAAAGCGCCAGCAGACGGACAAGAAGAAAACACUACUGAAACUGAAUGUCUUUAGGAAAUCCACUUCUACAAAAGGCAGUGGGAGCGAGGAGGGACAGGCACUCUAUGGGCCCGCUACACCGGAGGUGGAUCGGUUGCGACAAGAGCAUUCCGAGCUGUUCACGCAGGUGGGAAAAGCAGUGGAAGCAGAUGUACACAAGUGCAUACACUCGCUGUACGCACGAUUGAGCCGAGAGGCAGAAGACAUGUCUGUACCUGUUGAUGACCUCUCAGAGCAUACCCAGAACUUUUACCAGGUCUUCACGAAACGGAUGGAUGCCAGUACAGUUUAUCAAAAUGUGAACCAAGAGACAAAGGAACAGCUGCUGGACUAUUUGGAGAAAUAUGCUAUGACUUGCCUGUACCGGCUGCUCUUCUGCCCACAGUCCACCAAUGAUGAAGACAAAGAUCUCCAAAUACAGAAGAGGAUCAGACAGCUCAACUGGGUGAGUGCUGCCCACGUAGACUGUGGCAUCAAUGAGACAGAUCCGGAGGUUCAGGACCGAGUCUAUGCUUCUAUCACUGAACUGUUGGGCCUGGACUCGGCUCGAGCACCACAGGACAAGUUGGCUUGCGUGGUUCGUUGUUGUCGCAACAUCUUCACGCUUCUGCAGCUGGUGGGAGGACCUGCCUCAGCCGACGAGUUCCUGCCUGCUCUUAUCUUUGUGGUGCUAAAGACCAACCCAGCCCGUCUGAAGAGUAAUAUCAACUACAUUACACGAUUCUGCAAUGCUAGCAGACUCAUGUCGGGCGAGGGUGGUUACUGCUUUACCAAUCUGUGCUGUGCUGUGUCUUUCAUCGAGAAUCUCACAGCCGAGAGCCUCAAUAUGGACGAAGAGGAAUUUGAGCAGUUUAUGACCGGGCAGAUCUUUGCCCCCAGCACAUGGGAGACUGCUCUAAUCAUGUGUGAGGGUAAACACCUGAUGAAUGAGCACAAGGCUGUGUUCAAGGAUCUUCAUCACCGGCAGGAUGUCUUCAUGGAGGAGAUAGCUCAGCUGAAGGAGGAGAUGCACAAUUUUGAGGAGACAGUGAAGAAGCGUGUGAAGGACAUUAUAACUCAGUAUCCCUUGGUGGUAAGGCCCAGGAAGACUGUAUUGAGAGGCUUAGGACCCUCGGCCCAGCCUGUGACCUUGGAUGAGGAGGACCCCGCCUGCACCCAGCUACCUCCCCCCAUCAUACCUCAGAUCGUCAACAAGACAGACACCCUUGAGUCUCCGAUGAAGUUCCCCACCUUAUUGUCACCGAUCUCCCCCGAGGCUCAGCUGGCUGCUACACCAGAUCCGACCUUGAACACUAUCAACUAUGACUUUGACCUGUCCGACUUCAGUGCAGACAACAGUGCUGCUGACGAUAUUGGAGAUUUCCAACCUUCUGGAUUACAUUCUGUGGAGACAGCCUCGUUGCAGUCCUUGGACUUUUACACCUACCAUCCUACAGAACCUCCUUCUGGCACUGAGCCCAAGCACAGUUUCUCGGUGUCAGCUGCCCUGAGACCGGUGACCUCUACCGACCAGACGGCGGCUCACACGUCACUGCUGGACAAGUCGGAGUCACCUUCAGAUACAGGUCACGCCCUCCCCUCUCCCCUCAAGCCGAUGCCAGCCUCCUCUGAGUACCAGGGUUUCUCCACGCAAGGCUGGCAGAUCCAAAGUAUUCCGUGUGAGACUGGCGUGACACCUGCUCCUGCUCCGCCCAAGUCCAAGUCCAAUGACAAGAUAGUGAAGGCGCUGGGAGGACUCAUGGACACGUUUGACAACCUGCUGUAGCCAACUAUUCACAACUUGUGUGAUGCUGAUUAUACCAAAAAUAUGGAUUAAAGAAUACAGUAUGUUAUGAUUUAUUAUCA